UCUUCAUUCUCUACUAAUUAAUAAUUAUUCAUAUAAUGAAAUAUUUUUACAACAUCUUCGUCUUGUGGAUUUUGUUAAUAACGCUCGAUAAAUGUCAGGGUCUAGGCGUGAAUUGGGGGACGCGAGCAAGUCAUCCACUUCCACCGGAUAUUGUAGUGAAGUUGUUAAAAGAGAACGGAUUCAAUAAAGUGAAGUUGUUUGAAGCGGAUCCAGGAGUGUUGAAGGCGUUGGGUAGAUCAGGUGUUCAAGUUAUGGUUGGGAUACCUAAUGACUUGUUAGCACCAUUGUCCGCUAGUGUUCGUGCUGCUGAACAAUGGGUGCAACAAAAUGUUUCAUCAUUUAUUUCUAAGAAUGGGGUCGAUAUCAGAUACGUUGCGGUGGGAAAUGAGCCUUUUUUGAAAGACUACAAAGACACAUUCCUUAACACAACAUAUCCUGCCCUCCAAAAUGUGCAAGCAGCUCUUAUCAAAGCAGGCCUUGGUCGACAAGUCAAGGUUACAAUUCCAAUUAAUGCUGAUGUGUAUCAAACGGACACUGGAGUCCCCUCCGGUGGAAAUUUUAGAUCAGACAUUCAUGGUCUCAUGAUGAAUAUCAUCAAAUUCCUAAGUGAUAACGGAGGUCCUCUCACCAUUAACAUCUACCCAUUCCUUAGCCUAUACGCAGAUCCUCAUUUCCCAAUUGAUUUCGCCUUUUUCUCAGGAACUUCAUCUCCUGUUGUUGAUGGUUCCAUCUCGUACACUAAUGUAUUCGAAGCUAAUUAUGAUACUCUCGUUUGGGCUCUAGAGAAAAAUGGUUUCGGGUCGUUGCCUAUAAUUGUAGGAGAGAUUGGUUGGCCAACUGACGGAGAUUCCAAUGCAAAUAUCGAGUAUGCUAAGAAGUUCAAUCAAGGUCUACUAGACCGAAUUAGUCGUGGCAUAGGUACCCCUAAACGUCCUACACCACCAGACAUUUACCUUUUCGGGCUGGUGGACGAAGACACCAAGAGCAUCCAACCAGGUAAUUUUGAGAGACAUUGGGGAGUUUUUUACUAUGAUGGAGCUAUCAAGUACCAACUCAAUUUAGGUAACAAACAAAGUUUGAAAGCAGCAAAAGGCGUUCGAUAUUUAGCUAGGAAAUGGUGUGUGAUGGCCCCUGAUGCUAAUGUUAUGGACCCUAACUUACCAGACAGUAUCAACUAUGCUUGUAGUUAUGCAGAUUGCACUAGUCUGGGAUAUGGUUCAUCAUGUGGUGGAUUGGAUGUUAAGAGCAAUGCUUCGUACGCGUUUAAUAUGUACUACCAAACUAUGAAUCAACAGAAGGGGUCGUGUGAAAGGUUUCACAAUUUAUCCGUCAUUACAACGAUUGAUCCAUCUCCCUCCUCUUCUAAUUUUGGUCGAAGCUCUUCAAAUUGUCGAUUUGAGAUCAUGAUUGAUGUGGGAAGGCACGAGACGAGGGUAAAUCCAGGAACGUCUUCAGCUACAAAGAUCAAACAUUUUUCUCUUGUUUUAUUGGUACUAGUAUUCAUGUUGCACUACUAAAAUGCAUGUAUCUGCAUUAGGUUAUGGGAUACUCAUUUACAAGUUACAUGUACAGUUAUGUGAUCUCUUGUUCUCUUCUACAAGAAAUAAUAUCUCGAGU